AUGGUUCAAAUGUGUCAUCCCUGCGUAGUCCUGGUAAAGAGGGUUUCCUCUCCUUUGCGCAACGCUUUCAAUUCCGGUGAACAGGAUGUGUAUCCUGGUCCUCCCCGUCCGCCCUCUACAUAUGAGCCGUCACACUAUGCUUCGCCCAACAGAGCAACAUCUCCUAGUUCUGUUCGCUCGUUCACGAGCCAUGCAGGAUCUGUUAAGAGUGCCUACAACUCGACAGUUCCAGUUGCGGCGAACAAUUACGAGCCUAGAUCGCAUGUCACGUAUGAGAGGACUUCAUCCCCCUUCCAUAAUUCGUGUCAGGCCUCUCCAGCCCCUGAUCCAUAUGCACUUGCGAAGGAUGCUGUGGCUCUGAUGCAGCCCUGAAUAUCGUGAUCAUUCAGGCUCCAAUGGAUCUUUGCAUUCCACGGCAUCCAUGCCCAUGGGAAUCCCCCCUCAGCGCGAAGUUAAUGGGUUAGUUCCCAAGCCUCGUCCCGGUGAACCAAGCCCGUACGGUGCGGUGUCUGCGUACAGUCAGGAGCUUCUUAUUUCAUCCACGUUUCGCCCUCCAUAUGCACCCUCCCCUUCUCUCUUAGGCUCAAACGAUCCUUUGGGUCGUACAUCUUCGCGAGCCCCAGUGAUCAGUUUUGGUUUUGGUGGCAAGAUGGAUAUGAUGUUACUCUGUUCAUCUCGUCACUCGACGGAUGUGCGUGUACGCGUGUUGCACAAACUUCUCCCCGAAUUUGUGCUUGAACCUUCUGCCGCUGCUUAUCCUGGUCCUUUGUUUUCUGACCCUGGUACACCUGUCAGUAUCGUGCGCACUGGGGCGUCAUCUCAAGUGAAAACGAAGAAAGCACGCAUCGUCAAGUAUCUGGAGGAUCGGAUUGAAGAACUUACACGUGCGACGACGUAUAUGUCAGAUGGAACCGAGAAGCAGCGUACUGAAGGGAAAUUGAUUCUAGUCAAGUUGCUCAAGAUCAUGGUUGAGAAUGAUGGUGCACUGUUGGGAAGCGCUCACAUUGACUCAGCUGGUUUUGCUUCUUGUAUACCCAAUGCCCUUGGUACGAUUCCUGGCCUCAACGGUGGUCACCCUAGCACGACCUGCUACGACGGUCAAUUUGGACAAGUCGGAUUCACGGUCACUGCAGUAUGCCUAUUCGUCGGAUGUGAUGGUGUCUUGGAAUACGAGGGAUCCCCCAACGAGGGAUAUGCAGAAGGUCCUCUCAUUCGUUCCACUUGA